UCUAAGUCAAGUAACAUAACCGGCAAAUUUGUAAUAUUUUUGUCGAAAUUUUACAAGUUUAUACCAUUAGUAUCAAAUAGGCCAUAAUAAUGGUUUUAGCCCACGAUUUUAACGAAGGGCAUCGUACACAAGAUGUUCGUAUCAGUCAAGAUAUUACUUUCGAUGCUAUGUUGCUUACUAUUGGCACGUUACAAGGAUUGAAUGAUUCUGGAUUUCAUAGGCCUUCACCAAUUCAGCUUCAUGGUAUACCUCUAGGAAAAUGUGGAUUUGAUUUACUAUUAGAGGCCAAAUCAGGAACGGGCAAGACAGCGGUGUUUACUGUGAUUGCAUUAGAAAAGAUAGAUCUGAAUAAAGGUUUACAAGUUGUGAUACUAGCACCAACAAGAGAGAUAGCAAUGCAGAUACAUGAUGUUAUAAAACAAAUAGGUGUACGAUAUGAAGGUCUCUGCGUUGAAGUUGUAAUGGGUGGUCUUCCUGUUUCGGAUGAUGUCGAAAAAUUUAAAAAGAAUGUCCAUAUUGUAGUUGGUAGUCCGGGAAGAUUAAAACAUUUGAUACAAGAUAAAUACAUUGUUACAACCUCAGUAAGAUUAUUAAUUCUGGAUGAAGCAGAUAAACUAAUGGAAAAAAGUUUUGAGGCUGAUAUAAAUUAUAUCCACUCAGUGUUACCACAACAGAAACAGGUUAUAAUGAGCAGUGCAACAUUUCCUGAGAGUUCCAAAAGUUUUAUUGAAAAUUAUGUUCAAAAUGCACAACAUAUUUGUCCAGAGAGCACUAAUAUUCUCUUAGGAAUCGAGCAAAGGGUAACUUUGGUUAAGUAUAGUAGUAAUAUUGUUAAACAAACACAAUACAAAUUUGCGGAAUUAAUAAAAAUAUUGUCAAACAGGCACUUCAAGCAAUGUCUAAUAUUUUGCAACUAUCAGGCUAGAGUUGGAGAAUUACAUAGAAUGUUGAAUAAAGAAAAGUGGCCAGCUGGUCAGUUGUAUGGACAACAACAACAAACAGAAAGACUGGAUGCUUUAAAAAUACUACAAGAAUAUAAAUGUAGGUUAUUGAUUGCAACUGACCUUGCAGCUCGAGGCAUUGAUGCUUCAAAUGUUGAUUUAGUUAUUAACUUUGAAACUCCAUGCAAUUGGGAAACCUAUUUGCACAGAAUCGGAAGAGCUGGGAGAUUUGGUUCCUAUGGUCUUGCUAUCACCAUAUUAAGUGAGGGAUUAGAACAUAAUAAUUUCAAAUCUUUAAUAGAAUCUCUUAACCUGCCUUUCCUUGUAAAAGAUUUUUGGUCAAAUAGCCCAUUUUGCAUUAAUAAUAAUACUAUUCUUGAAGAAAAUGAUACACCAAAUAAAGAUAAACUGGAUUCUGAUAAUAUCUCAAAACCUAGUGAAGAAGUAGAUUACACUAAAUUAUGGGAUGCAUUAACUGGCGAUGAAAAAAGAACAGAGGUGGAAAGUUUUGAUAAUCUAUGUGAAUCAUUUACAGAACCAGUUAAUAAAAUUGAUUUAUUCAAUGUUUUACUACAAUCAUUUAAACAAAGUGAAGAAAAUGCAAUAAGUGAAAAUGUUAAUUUUUCACAACUGGAUCUUUUAAAUUUGCCUGAUAAAAGUCAUAACAUACAAGAAUUACAUAAAGAGAAAAGUAAAAGUUUAGUUAACAAAACUGAGAUGGAGGCAUUUCUAAAGCAUAAUGGGAAAUCUCAAACAGGAACAGACUGUGGCAAAGUAAUUUUAAACAAUAAACAUCAUUAUAACAUACAUUCUACUUUAAAAGAUAAUCUAAAUAGCAGAAAUAGUUUAACAAAAAGUUCUAAAAUAAAUACACCAGUGACCAAUCAUAACGGUUCAAAUGGCACAAACAGUUGUGAUCCAGAUAAUGGUAGUAAUUAUGAAUUAGAGGCUGAAAUUAUGUCUCAAGCAUUAUGCGAUUUAAAAUUACCAACUCCAUUCUCAAGCUCUAAAGAAAGAAACCCUCAAAAUAAUAAUUUAACACAUACUUUCAAUGUAAAUGAAGUCAACACUCAAGUGCGUAAAAGAGAUCGACAUCACAAUAAAUCCAAAUUGUGUACCAUAGUUAAAACUAACAAGGAAUUCAAUCCAGAAAAUAGAAAUAAACAUACAGUCACUGAAGUUUCAAAUGACAGUGAUGAAGAAAAUUAUUGCACUAAAUUAGAUUUAACAAAAUCCAGACCAAGAUAUUGUAAUCAUACAAGUAGAAUUUUAAAUGAGGAAAUGCAAUUACCAUCCACAUCUAAAUAUAAAAACAAAUCAAACAAAACAAAAACUCACCAGUCUCAAAAUAUAUAUGAGUAUCAAAAUACAAAGAAAGAUAAAAAAUACAUGGAAUGGUACAAUUCAUUAAAAGUAAAUGUAAGACAAAUAGAGCAAAUGAUUUAUUUGAAUGAAUUAAGCAAGUUAUGAUACAUGUUAAGUGACAUGUAAUGUGAUAAAUAAUUUAAUAUGUUGCGUAUCUCAGAAAAUUAAAGAA